CCUGCGCAUGCUCAAUGCAACUGUACGUGGCAAGCUUGUGGCUGACUACGCUAUCAGAUUCUGAACCUUAGCCGUCAUGUCUUACGCUAGGUAUUUUCUACCGGUUUUGUUAUUCAGUGCUCUGUUUUGUUUAAAUAGUGCGUAUUUUGUCCACAUUGAUGCUCAUGCUGAAGAAUGUUUCUUUGACAAAGUGACUUCAGGAACGAAAAUGAGUCUUAUGUUCGAAGUAGCAGAAGGUGGAUUUCUUGAUAUCGAUGUUAAGAUCUAUGGACCAGAUGGCAAGCUCAUUCACUCAGGUGAUCGUGAAUCCAAUGGCAAGUACACAUUUGCUGCACACAUAGAUGGAAUUUACAAAUACUGCUUCAGCAACCAGAUGUCAACAAUGACACCCAAAAUUGUGAUGUUCUCUAUGGACACUGGUGAAAAGCCAAAGCAACAAGGGGAUAUGGAAGGUGAUGCCAACCACAACAAACUUGCAGAAAUGGUGAAUCAGCUGUCAACAGCACUGACAGGAGCCAAGCAUGAACAGGAAUACAUGGAGGUUCGAGAACGCAUUCACAGAGCAAUCAAUGACAACACCAACUCUCGAGUGGUGCUGUGGGCCUUCUUUGAAGCUCUGGUUCUGGUAGCUAUGUCCCUAGGCCAAGUCUAUUAUCUCAAGCGCUUCUUUGAAGUUAGACGUGUUGUCUGAAUUUAAAUUAUUAGUAAAUUACAUCUUUUUUGUUUUAUUCAUCAUCAUUAACUUCUGUCACACAUUGUCACCAUCCAUUAUCUCAAUACCUUUGCAUUUUAGUGGACUGAUGGGUUUGGACUUCUUUCUGAUGUCUGUCUUAAUAUAAAAGAUUAGGAGUGGCAACAUUUUUCUGAUGUAAAAAUAUUUUUAGAAAUAUGUCAUAAUUUUCCUCGGAAUAAUUGGUUGUCUUUUUAAAUUUAUUUUGGUUUAUGAACAAGUCUAGAGAUACAUUAGUGAAGCUACAAAAGUUUUGUUAGAUUGGCAAAAACAAAAACUUUUGUUUCUAGUGGUCUUGAAUCAGACUAGCCAAAGACCAUGUGCCUUAAUGAUGAGGACCUUUUUCUCCUUUUUGUUUUCUAUAAAAACAUUUUUAAAGUCAUUUCCACAUAAAUUCUAAAAUGCAUAGUUAUUUCUACCCUUUACCUGUUCCAAGAUAAACACCUGUUAUGUGCUUGAACUGGGUGUUCAGGGUGUUCUGCGUUACACACUUUCUUUCAACCAAAAUAAACUUGAAUUGCACAGAUCAGUAAGCUUACUUAUAAUUUGAAAGAUCUUUGUCAUUGCUACGAUGACUGCUAUGUGUUGGCAUUAAUUACCAUCAUUGUCAUACAAUGUCCAGGCUCUUUGCAUCAUAUUCUCAAUGGUCACGGUGAUUAUUCCAAGUUGCUGGUGCAGGCAAUGAUGCAAUAAUUUGUAUCAACAAUAUUGCAAGGGUAUACUGCCAUUGUGUCAGGAACUUGUGUCUUGCCAUCAUUGUGCACACCAUUAGACUCUUACAAAAAUCCUUUUUCUGCCCGUGUUUAUGUCCCUAGCAUUUACAACCUGUUUGCUUCUGUGAAAUACUUGAAAUGAAUGAAAUUGUGUGUGUCUGAGAAUGAGAAAGGUUGUUUUGAUUAUUGGAAAUUGUUUUAUACAUUUUCAUAAAGUAUGGAUGGAAGAGUAGAAGUGGUCAUUGUUCCAGACCAUGAAUUAGUAGAAGAUAGUUACAGCGAUGAGAAAUGUGGUUUUGACCAGGAUGUCAAAAUUUUCCUGGCAUUUCAUUUUAUUAUGUGCUGGAAGAAACCUGAACUUGUUUUGUGGAUGUAGGGUAACAUUUUAAGUGAUCUCAUGAGCAGAGAAUAGUAAAAGAAAUUAACCUUCAGUCUAUUGUUUAAUAAGAGGAAAUUCUGGGAUUAUCAGUUAUGCUUAAAAAGUACUGAUCAUUAAGAACAGUUCAGCAUUACUUUUGAUACAUAUAGUUUUAUUUAUUAUAAGUUAGCAAUAUAUGCUUUGUAUUCUUGAGUGUUCAAAUUGUAGUCAUGUUUCAGCUUGCAUGAUCAUAGAAUAUCUGUAAAUGUUGCAGAAAAAAAUAAAAUAAAAUAAUUAAACAGCAUGAAUUGCACUGUGAUUGUGUGUGUGUGUGUGUUGGGGUAAAUCUUCAGUUAAUAAAAAUUGGCAAACCAGUUGA